GCACUGGGGCUCCCGCUCCUAAUGAUAAUUAAACUUGGCGGGACUCGUCGGCCGACGGUUCGUGCGUCUCGCAGGUCGGCCCCGGAGCUGCGCUGCUCGCGCCCGCGAGGACGCUGGCCGACAUCGACGGCUUGGGCGGCGGUGUGCGGGUUGCCGCGGCGGCUUUUCGGGCGACGACCGGGCAAAAAGCGCGCGUCGACGCGGUGACGGUGGACCGGCGACGCGCCGCCAAUGGCCGCCGCCGCCUGGGCCCGCUGACUAUCGUCAGGGAGACGGAGCGAGGCCGGCGCCGCCCUGGCGGGGAGUCCCGGCGACGAGCCGCCGAGAUCCAACAUGGAGCUCGUGCGGCGGUCCAAGAACUUCAGCGUGGCCGAGAGCGACGCGCUCAUCUCGCUCUGGAGCGACCCAGAGACCCAGAAGAAGUUCGACUCGGCCUACCGGCACUCGGUCAUCUGGGAGAUGAUCGCCAACAAGCUGCGCAUGCACGGAUACGACCGCUCGUCCAUCGACUGCAAGACCAAGAUUAACAACCUCAAGGCGACGUACUUCAAGUUCCGCAGGAUCUACAGCGCCGGCUACCCGGUGGAAUGGCCGCACUGGCAGAAACUGCACGCAAUCCUGGGCAAGCGUCCUGUGCCUCACUCGUGGAACAACUACUACGACGACGAAAGGACCUCAGAGAGCAGGAUCGUCCGCAGCGAGAACGGCAGCAUGCACUACGACGAGCCGGAAAUCGAGUUCCCCGAGUUCCGCGCCGGUGAUCUCCAGUUCCAGAACCUGCAGCCCAUCAGGUUGCCGAUUGCGCCAAAGAGAGAGCCCAUCGAGGACAUCACCUUGGAGCCCGAAGUGAACAUCUGCUACGACAACGAGAAGGGCGCCAAGAGGAAGUGCCGGGAGGAGGGCGACGAAGAGUGUGAGCCGGACUCCCGGAAGAAGCGUAAAGACGAGGAGCUGGACCUCCUGCGGAGGAUCCUCAAGGGGGAGGAGGACACGCUGGAGCUAGAGAAGAAGCGGGCGCUGGAAGAGGCCGACAUUCUCAAGGCCACCAUGGGCUUCCUGGAGGCGGCCACGGGCUUCAUGCAGCAGCAGCAGCACCUUCAGCAGCGCUCCGACCGACCGCAGCAGUCUCAGCAGACGUCGACGCCGAGGCCGCAGGCGUCCUCCAACGCGUACUGCAACGGCGGCCUGCCCGUGGUCGGGGCGCCGCUCUACACCACGCAGCCUUCCUUCUACUCUUCGUCGCCCGUCGACUCGCCGGGCAAGUCGGAUCCGUGAGCCUGAACCCAGGAGGCGCCGUCUCCCGGCGGUCCGAUGCAAGCGAUGGCGGUGGCCAGGACUCGCCUGCCGCAUGGAGCGAUCACCGCCUCGGGCGCCGUGGUAGUGAGAGCUACGCCUGACUCUGCGGGUGCAACGCCGCGAUCCUGGGGUGAACAGAGCGGACCAGGCGCUCGCCCGGAGUCGGGUGGCGCGCCGCGGUCGACUGGGCCGUGAGCAGGUCCACGUCACGCCGGGAAAGCUUUCCUCGGGGCAGUCUGUGGCGCGAGUGGUUGGGCUGCUACUUCCCCACGGCUCGGCCCGCCACCACCACUCUAGCAGUUUACAAUAGCAGGUGGAAGGGACUCCCUUUGGGCACCGGCAUCCAGAUCCUCCGUGUCUGUGCCGGUCGUCGGUCGUGCGGUUAGCUCACCGGCAAGACGUUGUUCCUGGAGCGAGACUGCGGACUUUGUCGUUCCAAGCGAGAUUCCUCCGAAGCUGAUGCGGUCAGUGCACGGUGUGUGAGCCACGGCCGAGCCGAAAGCGGACUCCGAACGUCAUUUUUAAAACAUCCUCGCAUCCGGUUUUAUUGCUUCUAGAUGGGUAUAUUUAUAUUAGAGCCCCAACCUUCGGGAGUGAGCCCCCCGGGGUGAGGACCCGGACGACGACGACUCGCCCGUGGGACGAUGGCGACGCGAGCGGCCGUGUCCGACGCCCGUUCUUCCCCCGAGACACGGAGGCUCGCAGCAAAUACUUAAGAAUACCUUCGUGCGUCCGUUCGGCCGAGUGUAGUCGAUGCUUUUCGUUCUUCUUCAAGAGCCUUGUCAUAAUUAUAAGUACGAGCUUCGCAUUGUUGCAAUUGUUGUUGUGCUGGCCUGUCUGAGCUCGAAGUGGAGCAGGUGCUGUCUAUAAGGGAGCGGGGCGCUAAAGGGACACUGAAGCGGAUUGGUAGUGCGCAGUCGACGCUGGGCGCUCGUUAAUGGUAGGCCCCCUGAGCUGCUGGCACGCAUCUGAGAAGGGCUUCACGAAGGCACCGGACCGAGAAAAGGGACCCGAUAGCGAUGGCGAUUCUCCCCGACAAUGAAAGUGGGCGGAAAGAGGUGCUGGUGACGCGGUCGCAGGGGGACCCUGGAGAUUUGAGACUCGCGUUCUCCGCUCCAAUGCCGCGGGAAGAACGGUUACAACGAUCGCUCGCCGAAGGAAGGCCGUUCCACAUAAAACAAUUUGCGGGAAAAAAAUACAAUCGCUGCGAUUUGCAGUUGCGUGCGACAGAAAGUCCGUCGACAGUCUCUUUUUUGACCGCACGAGCGACGUUGACAAUUUUAAUCGUGAGUGCCUGGAAUCGCAUUGAGAUUGGACACGAAUCACACCUUGUGAUGCCUGAUUCACCGAUUUUACUCGCGAGUUGGCAGUAGCGACGUCACUAAGCGACAAACAAAGCGUGGCGCAAGCCGCAGUGAUUGACGUUGCAGCUGCGGAAUCUCACAAAAAAUUGCACCUUGCGAAUCAGGCUUGAGACGGCCUUAAUAAAGAAAACGAGACGGGCCUUCUGUUUCUUUCGAAAUUUUGGGGUUUCUAAUGAUCUUUCCUGGCCCAAGAAAAUCGUUUAAAACUCCCUACAUAUCCUAGCCACCCGACCCUCCUACCAUUGUUAAAUGCGUUACUGAUGAACAGCUAGACAGUGUGUUCAGUGUCCCUUUAGGCUGCGGAGGAGCCGCGCGCUCCACGGCCGCCUUGGCCCGCUUGUCGCAGGGCUGCGGGCCGAAGGAGACGCGCCGGGCCUCCGAGGCUCCCGAAGUUCGGAGACCCCGACAGUAUGUUUCCCAGCUUCCGAAAUUCUGCUGUUCCGAGGAACGUUCUGCCCGCCAACUCCUCUCGCACGACGCGCGGCCGCGCACGUUUAGUGUACCGCUUGUUUUAUGCUUCCGGUAAGUAAACGAAGUUCUCUUUGCAA